UUUAGGCUUGAUCGUCUCUUUAUAUUACUGGACACCGGUACAACACCAGUAACGAGAAAAGCAGCUGCACAGCAACUUGGGGAAGUAGUGAAACUGCAUCCUCAUGAACUGAAUAAUCUCUUAUCUAAAGUGUUAGUGUAUUUAAGAAGUACGAAUUGGGAUACUCGUAUUGCGGCUGGCCAGGCUGUUGAAGCAAUAGUGAAAAAUGUACCUGAGUGGAAUCCAACUCCAAGAUCAAAACAAGAACCAGGCUCAGAAAGUCCUAAUGAAGAUUCACCUUCAACAGAUCGGUUGCGUUUUGACAGAUUUGAUAUAUGUCGGUUGUUAAAACAUGGUGCGUCUCUUCUUGGAUCUGCUGGUGCAGAAUUUGAAGUCCAAGAUGAUAAAUCAGGUGAAAUUGAUCCUAAAGAGAGGAUAGCACGACAGAGGAAGUUGCUGCAAAAGAAACUUGGCUUAGAUAUGGGUGCUGCAAUUGGAAUGAAUACUGAGGAUCUGUUCAAUGAUGAAGAUUUGGACUAUUCUCCUUCUUCAGUUUUACUAGUAAACAAACAACCUACUCUUCAGGCUGCUGAGUUAAUUGACUCAGAAUUUCGAGCUGGUAUGAGCAGUAGACAAAAGAAUAAAGCCAAAAGAAUGGCUAAGCUAUUUGCAAAACAAAGAUCCAGAGAUGCAGUGGAAGCUAAUGAGAAGAGCAAUGAUAGCACUGAUGGGGAACCAGAAGAAAAGAGAAGAAAAGUUGCAAAUGUUGUCAUCAACCAGCCUGCCACAGACUCAAAAACAUUGGUAGAAAAUGCUCAGGAAGAGGCAAAUGAAUGGCCUCUGGAAAGCUUUUGUGAAGAGGUGUGCAAUGAUCUCUUUAACCCUUCUUGGGAGGUUCGACAUGGUGCAGGUACUGGACUGAGAGAGAUACUUAAAGCUCAUGGUAAAAGUGGUGGUAAAAUGGGAGAUAGCUCUUUAGAGGAGAUGAUUCAGCAGCAUCAGGAGUGGCUAGAAGACUUGGUUAUUAGACUUCUUUGUGUGUUUGCACUAGACAGAUUUGGAGACUUUGUUUCAGAUGAAGUAGUGGCACCAGUACGUGAGACUUGUGCUCAGACUUUGGGAGUAGUAUUGAAACACAUGAAUGAAACUGGUGUUCAUAAAACUGUGGAUGUUCUCCUGAAGCUGCUUACACAGGAACAGUGGGAAGUGAGACAUGGUGGUCUCCUAGGAAUAAAGUAUGCUUUGGCAGUACGUCAGGACAUGAUCAACACUUUAUUGCCUAAAGUGCUGCCUGCAAUAAUUGAAGGUCUGCAAGAUCUGGAUGAUGAUGUCCGAGCUGUUGCUGCAGCAUCUUUAGUACCAGUAGUGGAAAGCCUGGUCCAGCUUCAGUCUCAGAAGGUGCCUUUUAUUCUUAAUACCUUGUGGGAUGCACUCCUGGAGUUGGAUGACUUGACAGCUUCCACAAACAGUAUCAUGAUCCUUCUUUCAUCCCUUCUGACUUACCCUCAGGUCCGCAAAUGCAGUAUUCAGCAAUCCCUAACAGUUUUGGUCCCACGAGUGUGGCCAUUCUUGCAUCACACAAUAUCUUCUGUGCGAAAAGCAGCACUGGAAACAUUAUUCACACUGUUGUCUACCCAAGACCAGAGUUCUUCAACCUGGCUGACUCCAAUUCUGCAAGACAUGUUGAGGCACAUAUUUCAGUUUUGUAUCUUAGAAAGCAACCAAGAAAUUCUGGAUCUUAUUCACAAGGUGUGGCUGGAACUGUUAAACAAGGCAUCUGUACAGUAUGUUGUUGCAGCUGCUUGUCCAUGGAUGGGAGCCUGGCUCUGCUUAAUGAUGCAGCCAUCUCAUUUGCCGAUUGACUUAAACAUGUUGCUAGAAGUAAAAACCAGGUCCAAAGAAAAAGCCGGUGCUAAACUGCGUCAAGGUCAAACCCAGAACAAGGAAGUGAUUCAGGAAUACAUUGCUGGAGCAGACAGCAUUGCAGAAGAUCCAGCAACCAGGGAUUACGUUGUCAUGCGUGCUCGGAUGAUGGCAGCAAAGUUGCUGGGAGCACUUUGUUGCUGCAUUUGUGACCCAGGUGUAAAUACUGUUACUCAAGAAAUAAAGCCAGCUGAAUCAUUAGCUCAGCUACUGCUCUUCCAUUUGAAUUCUAAAUCUGCCUUGCAGAGGAUUAGUGUUGCGUUAGUAAUCUGUGAGUGGGCUGCCUUGCAAAAGGAGUGUACAACUGUGGCUAUUUGUGUUCAACCUCGUUUACUUGGAGUCCUUUCUGAACAUCUCUAUUACGAUGAAAUUGCUGUUCCUUUUACACGAAUGCAAAACGAAUGUAAACAACUCAUCUCAUUGCUAGCUGAUGCACACAUUGAUAUUGGAAACAGAGUAAACUGCAGUGUAUUUACCAUAGAUCAAGCUAAUGAGCUGGUUACUUCUGUUUUCAAUGAGGUGACAUCAUCCUUUUCUUUGAAUCCUAAAGUUCUGCAACAGUUGGACAGUAAAAGGCAGCAAGUCCAAAUGACUGUUACAGAAACAAAUCAAGAAUGGCAAGUGUUGCAUCUGCGAGUCCAUACCUUUGCUGCAUGUGCAGUUGUGAACUUGCAGCAACUUCCAGAAAAACUAAAUCCUGUUAUAAAACCCUUAAUGGAAGCUAUCAAAAAAGAAGAGAAUACACUCGUACAAAACUAUGUGGCUUCAUGUAUAGCAAAGUUACUUCAGCAGUGUACAACAAGGUCUCCUUGUCCCAACUCAAAGAUUAUAAAAAAUCUCUGCAACUCCCUGUGUGUGGAUCCACAUCUUACCCCACUGGCAGCAUGUCCUGCACAGCCUCAGAGUAGCCAUGAAAACUCAAAAGGGCCCAACUCUGAUAAAGAUGGGAUGCAGCACACAGUUACUAAACACAGGGGAAUAAUUACAUUGUACAGACAUCAGAAAGCUGCUUUUGCCAUCACAAGUCGGCGAGGUCCUACUCCAAAAGCUCCAAAAGCCCCUAUUGCAGAUCUUCCCACAGGCAGCAGUGGAAGCAUUCCUACAGAACUUGAUGAGGCUCAGAAACCUUAUGUUGUACAGAGAAGAGGAGCUGAAUUUGCCUUAUCUACUAUAGCUAAACAUUUUGGUGCUGAAAUGGCAACAGGAUUGCCACAUCUCUGGGAUGCUAUGGUUGGUUCGUUAAGGAACAACAUUCACAUAAAUAAUUUUGACCGAAAAUCCUUACUGGAAAAAGGAGAUGCUCCUGCCCAGGAGCUGGUGAAUUCUUUGCAGGUUUUUGAAACAACAGCAGCUUCGAUGGAUACUCAGCUACAUCCUCUGUUAAUACAGCAUUUGCCUCAUCUUUACAUGUGCCUUCAACAUCCCAGCACUGCUGUGAGACACAUGGCUUCCCGUUGUGUGGGUGUUAUGAGCAAAAUAGCAACCAUGGAAACAAUGAAUAUCUUUCUAGAGAAAGUUUUACCAUGGCUGGGAGCAAUAGAUGACAACACCAAACAAGAAGGCGCAAUUGAAGCACUUGCGUGUGUAAUGGAGCAGCUGGAUGUUGGUAUUGUUCCAUACAUUGUUCUUCUAGUGGUUCCAGUUCUGGGUAGAAUGAGUGAUCAGACAAACAGUGUGCGUUUUAUGGCUACUCAGUGCUUUGCCACACUGAUUAGACUGAUGCCUCUUGAGGCUGGUAUACCAGACCCACCAAACAUGUCUGAAGAAUUAAUCAGGAUGAAGGCUAAAGAACGUCACUUUCUGGAACAGUUACUGGAUGGAAAAAAACUGGAAAACUAUGAAAUUCCAGUGCCAAUCAAAGCAGAGCUCAGAAAAUACCAGCAGGAUGGAGUGAACUGGCUUGCAUUUCUCAAUAAAUACAAACUUCAUGGAAUUCUUUGUGAUGACAUGGGCUUAGGAAAAACUUUACAAUCCAUUUGCAUUCUUGCAGGUGAUCAUUGCCUCAGGGCUCAGGAAUAUGCAAGAACAAAACUGGUGGACAGUGUUCCUCUUCCUUCCUUGGUGGUGUGUCCUCCUACACUCACGGGACACUGGGUGGAUGAAGUGGGCAAAUUUUGCUCCAAAGAGUAUCUUAAUCCAUUGCACUAUACAGGACCUCCUACUGAGAGAGCAAGAUUGCAACACCAGGUGAAAAGACACAAUCUCAUAGUGGCUUCAUAUGAUGUUGUAAGAAAUGACAUUGACUUCUUCAGAAAUAUUAAAUUUAAUUACUGCAUUCUUGAUGAAGGCCAUGUAAUAAAAAAUGGAAAAACAAAGCUGUCAAAAGCAGUAAAACAGCUGACUGCUAAUUACAGGAUAAUUCUUUCUGGGACACCAAUCCAGAACAACGUCUUAGAGUUGUGGUCAUUGUUUGACUUCCUAAUGCCUGGAUUCUUGGGCACUGAACGCCAAUUUGCAGCUCGUUAUGGAAAACCAAUCCUGGCAAGCAGAGAUGCCCGAAGCUCCAGUCGAGAACAAGAGGCUGGGGUACUUGCAAUGGAAGCUCUGCACCGCCAAGUCCUGCCAUUCCUGCUAAGGAGAAUGAAAGAGGAUGUGCUGCAAGAUCUUCCACCCAAAAUUAUUCAAGAUUAUUAUUGUAUUCUCAGUCCUCUACAGGUUCAGCUUUAUGAAGAUUUUGCCAAGUCUCGUGCCAAAUGUGAUAUUGAUGAAACAGUUUCUUCAAUUUCACUGAAUGAAGAAACUGAAAAACCAAAGCUUAAAUCUACAGGUCAUGUAUUUCAGGCAUUGCAGUACUUACGGAAGCUCUGCAACCAUCCGGCUUUAGUGCUUACAGCCCAGCAUCCAGAAUACAAGAGAAUUACAGAGCAACUUGCAGCUCAGAAUUCAUCCCUUCGAGAUAUCCAACAUGCACCUAAGCUGUCUGCUUUAAAACAACUGCUGCUAGACUGUGGUUUGGGGAAUGGUGGAUCUUCAGAAAGUGGUACAGAAGCUGUUGUGGCCCAGCACAGGGUGCUUAUCUUCUGUCAGCUGAAGAGUAUGCUGGAUAUAGUGGAGCACGACCUUCUCAGACCUCAGUUACCUUCAGUUACUUACUUGCGCCUCGAUGGCAGCAUUCCUGCUGGGCAGAGACAUUCCAUUGUUUCCCGGUUUAAUAAUGACCCGUCUAUAGAUGUUCUUUUGCUCACCACUCAUGUUGGUGGGCUGGGACUUAACUUGACAGGGGCUGAUACAGUUGUAUUUGUGGAACAUGACUGGAACCCGAUGAGAGACCUGCAAGCCAUGGAUCGGGCACAUCGCAUUGGGCAGAAACGUGUUGUUAAUGUAUAUCGCCUGAUAACCAGGGGAACUCUGGAAGAGAAGAUCAUGGGUCUUCAGAAGUUCAAAAUGAAUAUUGCAAAUACAGUGAUCAGCCAAGAAAAUGCAAGCCUACAGAGCAUGGGAACAGAGCAGCUUCUUGAUCUGUUCACUCUUGACAAGGAUGGAAAAACUGAAAAAGCAGAUACCUCUACCUCUUCUGGGAAAGCAUCAAUGAAAUCAGUACUCGAAAACCUUGGAGAACUAUGGGAUCAAGAGCAGUAUGACACUGAAUACAGUCUUGAAAACUUUAUGCAUUCAUUGAAGUAA